UUUUGCAGGACGUCCCACACACACACACACACACACACACACAAAGCCUGUACGCUGAUGAACGUCAAUUUCACGCAAAUGCUGAUGAAUACUGAAAGUGAUACAUUAUAACACGCGUUUCUAGGCGACGGUGAAAGUUAAGAAGUUCCGUUAAAACGCGAUAGGGACAUGAAAGAAAAGCGGUUCGAUUGAAGUCACCGCAGUAGAGUUCGGAUGAUCGGCAACGUGUGUGCGUUUCUUGGACUUUUCACUUUCAAAACUAAGAAAAUAACUAAGAACAAUAAGUAAUUAAAUGGUUCUGAAUAACGUGAAGAGAUGUGCACAGCACAGAUGUUGCAGGACAUGGAUCAGCGGCUGCAGGAGGAAGGGUUGGACUCCUCGGCCUCCAGCAGUGAGCGUCUGUCUCUGCUGUGGCAGCUUUACAGGAGCAGCGAAACUACCGUGAAGUCCCUCAACCAGCAGAUACAAGAUCUGCAGAAGGAACGUGUUGCUGAGAUUGAAAAGGUUCAGCAAUAUGUUAAUCAAAUUAAAAGUCUCACAAAGACCAGAGACACUGUGGCUUUACAUCUCGAGCAAGAAAACAAAACGCUCCAUGCUACUCUAGAUGACAUCCAACGAAAACAAGAAGCACAGCAGAGUGAGAUCUCUGAGAUGUUACUUCAGGAAGGUCUGGCUGAUAUUAUUCCCAUCAGCCUGAGUGAACAGGUGGCGUACCUCCUCGCAGACAGAGCCUCCUUGCUGGAGAAAAUACAAAGCCAGGAGAAUGUGGAUGGGAAGACCGCACAGGAUCCUGAUGUCAAUAUGGAGCAAACGUCAAAGGAUUGUAGAGAGAAUGUGGUCAAAGUGGCACCACCACACGUUCAGAGCCCUUGGAAGAGGCUUCUAGGACUCAGAAAGGCUGCUCAGAGUGAACAGAAAUCUCUGCCUCAGGCGCUUGACCUGCGGUUCAGCAGGGACAACAUACUGAAGGGACGGACCUUGCAGGAACUGGAGCGAGAUGUAGAAGAGGCCUCUGCUCGACUCGCUAUGGCCCACAAGGAGAUCCGCAGACUCACGGAUGAACUGGAGUCUGCUCACCUGACCCAAAAGGCUUAUGAACCAGAGCUGCAAGAAGCUCAAAUGGAAGUCGAGCACCUCCGUCACGAAGUGGAGAAACUGAAACGCUGUGAAGUUGCUGAAUUGCGAAAAACUAAGGAGAUAAAUGAGAAACAGGAAGAAGAUCUGUGCCACCUUAGAGAGCUGGUGAAGAGGUUACAGGCGGAGCGUGUGCAUUUGCUUGAAAUGACAGAAGGCCCUGAUAGCACUGUCACUCCAUCCAAAGGCAAGAAGCCACAGGAAGAGGAUAUCCAUCAAGGGUGUCUUAACGAGAUGCAGGAGAGGUUACACAUGCUGCGAGAUCUGUCGCAGGUCACGCUGAAGCUGCGGAUGGAGUUCGAGACAGAAGCCGACCUGCGGAGGAGGGCAGUGGACGAAUGUGAAGAGCAGAAGAGGAAGAGGACGGAGGCAGAGCAGUUGGUGAGAGACUUCCAGAACCUCUGUGAGAAGCAGGCGGAGGAUUACAGGAGCACCGUCGGCAGCCUUCAGGUGGAGCUGAGAGAUUUAGUAACUAAGGUACGAGAGCUUGAGACAAAGGAUGUGGAAAGACAAUGUGACAAACACCUGAAGCAGGUGUCAUCUCUGGAGGAUAACGUUUGCCAGCUGAAGCUUGCCCUUCAAGAGGAGCAGCAGAAGACUACACAGCUGUCUGUGACCAUGCAGAUGGAAAUUGAGCAGGCAAAAGCUAUGGUCCAGUCACAGGACGUCCAGCUUCAGCAGGAUGCAGAGGAGCAGAGGAGGAUGUUUGAAGAGCUGCAGGGCAUCCAGAACAUCCUCAGCACCACCAAACAAGAGCUGCUGUCCCAGAGGAGAAACAACACACAACUGCAGAACAGCAUCAGUGACGCCGAGCAGGAAAACAUCAGGCUCCAACAAAACAUUGAAGACCUGAGGAACAGACUAAGCAGCAGUCAACAGCAGACAGACUCUCUGAGGACAGAACUUCAGCUAGCUCUAGUUAGAGUGGACGCUGAGAGAAGUAAAUACAACGACAAGCGAAUCCACUACAAAAACAAGCUGAGCCGAGCCAGAGAGGUUUACCUGAGAGAGACGGGGUGGCGGGACAUCAAAAUAAAAGACCUGGACAAAGAGAUUCUUAUUCUGAGGAAACAAGAGGAAAAGACGGCACACAUGAUGAAGACGGUCACUUCUGAAAAUGAGAGUCUGCUUCAGAAGAACAGACAGCUUCUUUUACAGCUGCAUGACUUUGAACAGGCACAGAAAAAUGCUUCGGAUGCGAUUUCCACCAUGCAGAUGAGGAAAAAUUUGCUUGAAAUAGAAAAUGAUCAGCUAAAGCAGACAGCAGCACAAAUGUCGGAGCGCAUCGAAUGCCUGACGAUACUGGCCGAGACGAACUGCGGUGAAGUCACUGCUGAGAGCCGUGUCAUAGAGGGAGAAGACCAAACUACUCUUCCUACAUAAAUAUCUUCAUUUUGCUUUUCAGUGUAAAUUAAUUUAUUUUUGUAAACCUAAAUAUUUCUAAAUAAAGAUCUCAUCCCAU